CUCCCUCCCUCCUCCGUCCGUCCGUCCCUCCCUCCUCCACCCAAUCUCUCCCAAUCUUUCUUUCUCUCUUUAGUUCCUUCAGGUAAUUCCUACUCAAACUUGUUCCAACUUGUUUUUGACUGACAGUGAACAGCGAGAGAGAGUUUCUUCAUUUGGAGGCAGCCUGAGCACCUAUCUUUCCAAGACAACCUGCAUGGGCUGAUCUUUUCCUCCUGCCUCCAGCCAGGAGCCUGAACUCCUAGGUCCUCAAGGGUCCCUGCAGGUGGUCUCAAGAACAUGACAAUGGACGCCAUUCACAUGAGCAUGUCCAGCACCCCUCUCAUGAAGCACCCGGCUGGCCCUGGGCUCAAGGCCCAGAGACCCCGAGUGAUGUCCAAGAGUGGGCAUAGCAACGUGAGAAUCGACAAGGUGGACGGCAUCUACUUGCUGUACCUGCAGGACCUGUGGACCACAGUGAUCGACAUGAAGUGGAGGUACAAGCUCACUCUGUUCGCCGCCACGUUCGUGAUGACCUGGUUCCUCUUCGGGGUGAUCUACUACGCCAUUGCGUUCAUCCACGGGGAUCUGGAGCCCAGCGAGCCCGUUUCUAACCACACCCCCUGCAUCAUGAAGGUAGACUCACUCACGGGGGCCUUCCUCUUCUCCCUGGAAUCCCAGACAACCAUCGGCUAUGGGGUCCGCUCCAUCACCGAGGAGUGCCCCCACGCCAUCUUCCUGUUGGUGGCCCAGCUGGUCAUCACCACCCUGAUUGAAAUCUUCAUCACCGGCACCUUCCUGGCCAAAAUCGCCAGACCCAAGAAGCGGGCGGAGACCAUCAAGUUCAGCCACUGUGCGGUCAUCACCAAGCAGAACGGCAAGCUGUGCUUGGUGAUCCAGGUGGCCAACAUGAGGAAGAGCCUUCUGAUCCAGUGCCAGCUGUCAGGCAAGCUCCUCCAGACCCACGUCACCAAGGAGGGCGAGCGCAUUCUCCUCAACCAAGCCUCCGUCAAGUUCCACGUGGACUCCUCUUCCGAGAGCCCGUUCCUCAUCCUGCCCAUGACCUUCUACCACGUGCUGGAUGAGAGCAGCCCCCUGAGGGACCUGACACCCCAAAACCUAAAGGAGAAGGAAUUCGAGCUGGUGGUCCUCCUCAAUGCCACCGUCGAGUCCACCAGCGCCGUCUGCCAGAGCCGCACGUCGUACAUCCCGGAAGAAAUCUACUGGGGCUUCGAAUUCGUACCCGUGGUUUCUCUCUCCAAAAAUGGCAAGUACGUGGCCGACUUCAGUCAGUUCGAGCAGAUCCGGAAGAGCCCAGAUUGCACCUUUUACUGUGCAGAUGCGGAGAAGCAGAAACUCGAAGAGAAAUACAGGCAGGAGGACCAGCGGGACCGCGAACUGCGAACGCUUUUGUUGCAGCAAAGCAAUGUGUGACUUCGGGGGUGUGGGGUGCACCUCGGCUUGCUGUACGGCUGGGCCACGUCAGGUUACCAUCCAACACCAUGGCUGUGGUGAGCAUGAAAAACACGUGGCUGCAUGCGUAUAAAACUGAAGCCUGGACACAGCGAUCCGGGGGCUGACUUGGCUUUUGCGUAUUUGAGGGGCUUCCUUCAAAGAACUCUUAAAAUUCCCCAUUUUUGAAAGUGGAGCUGCAAGUCAAGGCAGCGGUUGUAGGAUGAGGAAAAUGAUGUCCUGCUGGGUAGACAGAUACGGAGCUGUGCUGAAAUCGAGAAGAAAUGCAUUUCUAUGCAAGGAAGUAUUUUCUACAAGAAAGUAUUUAUUUGACCCAGGUAUCAAAGGUGUUCAUGUCUGAUGAUGGCCGUGUGUCUCGGUUUUCAUUUGGAGCAAGGCUUUCAGACAUAUUCUUGUGAUUCAGGCAGAGAAGAUGUUACACGUAACGACACUUAUCAUUGUAGCUAGUCAUUCCCGAGAAGAGCCGGGCAGGGGCACUGAGCCUUGACAACCUAUGGUCAUUCCCAUCGCCUUUCUUCCAUAGACAAAUCGUAUGGCGUGAAACAUGGACCUGGGAGCGGCAGGGUGAUGGCUCCAAAUCCUGGCACUACUCCAGCGUUCUAGCGGCUUCCACUGGCUGUGGGAUGCGGGAGUGAGGGCCUUUCCGGGAGCUGGCUGGGGACAUUGUUCAGCAGGUCUCAUCCCACCUCACAGACCCAACAUCUGCACCUUGGAAGAUCAUGGCGAUGUGUAGACAGCUGAAGUGUCUUCAGGGUCCCAUGCUCACUGCCCAUGACUUUCCCUUCUUGGUUGCCUGGCCAAUAUUUCUUCCAGCUCUUUUAAUUCUUCCCUGUUCACAAAGAUGUCUGCCUUUUCCCAGGAAGGAACUGCAUAGAAUUCCAAGCACAAAUAGAGCUCUGUCAUGCCACACCUGCACCUACCUGGCUUGAUGAUUAAACAAAGGUUUAAGGGAUGUGUGGAAAUCUGCUUGAAUGCUGCAGUGUGAGGCUGGGCAGGGCAGGAGGAAGAAGAGAAGCCAAGGGUAAGGAACUCUGCAAGGUGAUCCUUGAUCUUGGACCAAAGUCAAUCAUUUCAUAACAUGUAAAGAACGUCUUCAGUAUUUAAAUACAUCUCAUACAACUCAGUGUUAUGGAGGUGGAGUUUGGCCUCUGGCAAAAUCUAGGAGUCUAGAGCCCCAAACUUCUUUGGGGGAAGAGACUAAGUGAGCUUGAGUUAGCUAAGUGUGUCAAAGGUGUUGUAAUACUCGUUUUAUUCAAAUCCAGAUUCUGCCCUCGCUCAAGUAGAAGGUGACCAUGCAUGCACAUAGGCAGUGCACACACACACACACACAGACACACACACACACACACAUUACACUUGUGAGUGGCCCCCUAGACACUCAGACACAUGCAUUGAGUGCUCCAGUCUCUACACACAAUUAUGGGAAAUAUCCAUGAAAGACAUUGGGAAUCCAAUGUCCAAGGCUCCCUCCACAAUUAGACACAUCAUUCCGCUCUGUAAGACCCUGAGCACUGAGACUUGAAAAAGCAAGGGAAAAUCAACUGUGUUCACAAUGAUGAUCUGCCUUAUAGCACACGUAGCCAUAUCUCGAUGAUUUACCACAUUCACCAAUGUCCCUUCAUUGAUCACAAAGCAGGGAAAUAGAGUUCUGGCUUAGAACUCAACUAAUCUAAUGCUAGUGUAAAUAUAAUGGAAAUAAAGUUUGUAAAGGCUUAAAGGAAAAUCUCAACCCAAAUAUGAACGUUUUCUUUGUUUUUGUUUUUUAUUUUUCUGUUGAUAAUUUUGUGGCAGUUUUACUUUAUCAUUCUUCUUUUAAAAAAUAUUGCCUAAGUUCAAAUGUAAGUAGGUAUCUGCAUUAGUGUGGUCAGACAUUAGCCCUUUUGUCACUGUACUUGUUGAUUGUUGAGUCCAUUGUAUGCUGUGGUAUGCUGUGGCAUCAGUGACCAAAAACUAAUGUCAGGGACAUGUUUACAUUCUCUCUGUUGCAUUAUUCAUUAUGCAGUAUUUAGAUCAAUGUUGAUUUAAAUGUGAUCAAGUUAGGAAUCUUGCUCAUGAAUAUUGGAUAUGAAAGUAACAUUUAGAGAACUUUAUGCAUUUGCUUUCAUUUGCACACAGGAUGCAUUUGCAGACAGAUCUGAAGGGCUUGACUUGUUUAAUCUGCCACACAUGACAAAAUAUGCAGUGUCUUAAAAGCCAACACAGGUGGAAGUCCACACAAGCUAUUACAAUGUAAUAGUCAACAAGUACUUCUAAAGUUGUGGCUGGUUUGUUCCAGACCCACUUAACUAUUAAUACCGUGUACAAAACAUCAUCUCAUGAUUAUGUUAACAUGAUUAUGUCUAACAGUCUCAUGAUUGAAACAGACUUACGCUAAAUAUCCAACUAAGAAGUAAACGAACUAAUGAAGUA